AUGAGUUCAACUUUAUCCAUUUGUUGCCGAGGCAAAGUUUAUUCAAAAUCACAAGGAAAAUCUUGUUGUGGAGGACAGAACUAUGACCCAGCUAUAAAUAUCUGCUGCAAAAAUAAUCUGUUUUUUAAGGGCAUGAGAAACAGUUGCUGUGGAUCUCGUCCUUACAACUCUGGUUCGCACAUUUGUUGUGGAGGAAACAUCUUAAGUAAAUCUGGAGGACGGACAUCUUGUUGUGGAAGUCAUAACUACAAUUCAAGUUCUCAAAGUUGUUGCAAUGGUAAGGUACUUAAUGGUUCUUCUGGAUACCAGUGCUGUGGAUCUUCCUUGUACCAAUUAUCUUCUCAGAUAUGCUGUUACAACAAUGUCCUGUCAAAAUCUUAUUCUUCCGACACUGCAUGCUGUGGUUCUGGUGUUUACGACAACAGAACAUCCGUCUGUUGCUCUGGUUACAUGCGCUCAAAAUCAGCUGGUACUUCAUGUUGUGGAAGUGCAAAUUACAAUUCUUCUACCCACAUUUGUUGUGGGUACAAUCUUUUCUAUCGACGUAAUGGUUCAUCCUGUUGUGGUAACCGGACAUACAACUCAAGAAGUAUGAAAUGUUGCUAUCGCUCUUCACAUGGUGGUUACUACCUAGUGAAAAAGUCUAAGUCAUGUUGA